UCACUAACAAACUCAUGCAGACUCCACCUCCGUAACAUCGCCAAAAUCCGCACGUUCCUAACCCCAGAAACCACUAAACAGCUCAUCUACCCCCUCUGCAACUCCCUCCUCACUGGCCUGCCUCGCCGCUGGCUAUCCCUGCUUCAAUCCAUCCUGACAACCGCUCCGUUUCCACCACCCCCCUCUGCCAAUCCCUCCACUGGCCUCCACUCAGUGUCCUCCACCCCCCUCUGCCAAUCCCUCCACUGGCCUCCACUCAAUGUCCUCCACCCCCCUCUGUCAAUCCCUCCAUUGGCCUCCACUCAGUGUCCUCCACCCCCCUCUGCCAAUCCCUCCACUGGCCUCCACUCAGUGUCCUCCAUCCCUCUCUGCCAAUCCCUCCACUAGCCACCACUCAGUGUCCUCCACCCCCCUCUGCCAAUCCCUCCACUGGCCUCCACUCAGUGUCCUCCACCCCUCUCUGCCAAUCCCUCCACUGGCUUCCACUCAAUGUCCUCCACCCCCCUCUGCCAAUCCCUCCACUGGCCUCCACUCAGUGUCCUCCACCAACCUCUGCCAAUCCCUCCACUGGCCUCCACUCAGUGUCCUCCACCCCCCUCUGCCAAUCCCUCCACUGGCUUCUGAUUGCACAACAUAUCAAAUUCAAAAUCCUAUCACUGACGUACAAAGCCGUCCACCAUACUGCCCCGAACUACAUCACCGACCUAAUAUCCAAGUACCGCCCAACACGCACACUCCGCUCCUCACAAGACCUCCUUCUCUCUAGUUCCCUGGUCUCCUCCUCCCAUGCCCGCCUCCAGGAUUUCUCCAGGGUGUCACCUAUCCUCUGGAACUCCCUACCCCAAUCCAUCAGACUAUCACCUACUCUCCUCUCAUUUAGGCGCACCCUGAAAACCCAUCUCUUCAGGGAAGCCUACCCCACCCCCUGCUAAU